CCAUUCUCACUUCAGUUCACCAUUCUCACGCGGCGCAGUUCAUCUGAAAGGUGGGAUAGGUGCUAGACUGAACCGACGAAGCCUUAAGUCUUGGGUAAAGUGGAGGCUGCUGAGAAACUUAACGCGGUUAAGGGAUAUAAAGGGGGAAAAGACUUAUCAUGAACUGCAAGAAUGGCACCUGCACCGUUUCUGUGCCAAAAAGACACUCACAGAAGACCGAGCUUCCGACAGAGUUGGAGGGACGCGGUCAUUGGGGGAACAAAUCCGAGUUCAUCCUGACCGUGAUGGGCGCAAUAAUCGGACCUGGCAACGUAUGGAGGUUCCCCUACCUGUGCUACAGAAACGGCGGAGGUGUGUUCUUCAUACCAUACUUCUUGUUCAUGUUUACAUGCGGAAUCCCCUUAUUCUUCCUUGAGACUGCCUUAGGACAAUACACCAGCCAGGGGAGUGUCACGUGCUGGAGAAAGAUGUGUCCACUUUUCCAAGGCAUGGGCUAUGCCAGUCAAUUAAUCAUCACAUUCAGUGCCACCUCAUAUAUUAUCAUAAUUGCAUGGGCAUUCUUUUACCUGUUCUCAUCCUUCAGCGUGGAUUUGCCUUGGGCCACAUGUGGACACGACUGGAACACAGACUCAUGUCUGGACAUCAACCAUCCUAAUCUGAGCCUCAGCAUGAGAUCCAGACUGAAUACCACUCUUCCUGUUGUGGAGUUCUGGGAGCGGCGAGUUUUGAAACUCUCUAGUGGCAUUGAGGAGGUCGGUAGCUUGAGGUGGGAGCUGGUCUUGUGUCUUAUCCUGACCUGGGUCAUCUGCUACUUUUGCAUUUGGAAGGGCAUCAAGUCAACUGGAAAGGUAGCUUUCUUUACAGCCACUUUCCCCUUUGUUAUGCUGUUUGUUUUGCUCAUACGUGGUGUAACCCUACCGGGGGCAAUGGACGGGAUCAUUUACUACCUCUAUCCUGAUAUCUCCCGCCUUUCAGAUCCCCAGGUGUGGAUGGAUGCUGGUACUCAGAUCUUCUACUCCUAUGCCAUCGGCCUUGGAUUCCUAACCUCUCUUGGGAGUUACAACCGCUACAAUAACGACUGUUACAGGGACUGUUUCUACUUGUGUCUCCUGAACAGUGCCACCAGCAUUGUGUCAGGCUUCGCCAUUUUCUCCAUCUUGGGCUUCAUGACCAACGAACAAGGGGUGGAUAUUUCUGAAGUAGCUCAAUCAGGUCCAGGGUUGGCCUUCAUUGUAUACCCACGUGCUGUAGCCAUGAUGCCCAUGCCUCAGGUGUGGUCGGUGUGUUUCUUCCUCAUGAUUAUUCUGCUGGGAUUGGACAGUCAGUUUGUUGGUCUCGAGUGUCUGAUGACAUCACUGACAGAUUUGUUCCCGACUUACCUGCGCCAAGGUUUUAGACGCGAGCUGGUUCUGCUGGCUAUCUGCAGUGUCUGCUGUGUGCUGGGACUCUCUCUGGUCACUGAGGGAGGGAUGUACCUGCUCCAACUGUUGGACCAUCAUGUCUGCAGCGGCACCACCUUGCUCAUCCUCUCCCUCUUACAGUCUGUCAGCAUUGCCUGGGUGUACGGUGCUGACCGUUUCUAUGGCAACAUCACCGACAUGAUUGGUUAUCGUCCGUACCCUUUGAUGAAGUACUGCUGGCGCUACAUCACUCCCUCCUUCUGUUUUGGCACCUUCAUCUUCUCUAUCGUCAAAUACUCCCCGCUGAAGUUCAGUAACAACUAUGUGUAUCCUCUCUGGGCUAACAUCUUGGGUUGGUUCAUAGCAUCUGUCUCCCUCUCCCUCAUCCCUCUGUUUAUGGUCUACCAAAUAAGUCAGGAAAAAGGCCCUCUUCGACAGCGAUUCUUGCUGCUCUGCCAGCCUGUGGACAUGGCCUUGGAUAGAAAAUGUUUUCCCACAAAGGGGACCACGACCCUCACAGAGCUCAAACCUUUAUCCCAAAAUGGGGAAGUCACUCAGGAAGCACAGGACUUGGCUUGUGCAAUGUUUUGAAGCUGUAGUUAUUUCUGAGGUACAAUAUAUAUAUGCACCAUUUAAAGCUGACACAUAUGCUUAAAUCCCAAAGGUCAUUGUGUUAAUCACCGUCUGACGUGUUGCAUUUUAAUAUGUUUUCUUUAUGAUUUCAGUCCUUUUUUCUUUUUUUUUGUAACUUGAGCUGUUUUAUUGUAUAUGAUACAUUUUGUAUUCUUUAUAGUGCAAUGCACACGUCUUCAUAGAACCUCUGUAAACUAUGUUAAGUGCCGUACAACAAUACAUUUAUGUUAUUUCAGCUGGAUAAACAAUACUGUAACUGAAGGUGUGGACACUUCACAUAGGUUCAACUUGUGUUUAUAAUGGACUAUAAGUUAACCUGCUACUUUUUCAAGUGUUAUUAUAAUGUAUUUUGUCUGC